UGGGAGGAAAAGAUAACUAGUCCUGCUUUGGAUUUGCUGAACUUGAGAUGCCCACGGGUCAUCCGGUCUACGAGGCAGCCGAAGCGGACACGGAGAUGACAGCAGAGCGGAGGAGCGAUGCAAAAUCCAUCGAGAAAGUACAGACUGAGCGAGCAGAGAACAGGGCCUGGGGCCGUAGCUGGCUCAGCGGCUGGUAGAGCAAGUACCAGGAGCUGACAGACAGGACAGCCGCGGAAGUGCGGCCUCCACAGGGUCCCGAAGCCCCGCCAGGAGCACAUUGGGACUCGAGGACUCGAAGAGAGGAGGGGCAACGCCGCUACGCCAACGCCAAAACUGCGGCCAAGCAGAAAAGGGCUCCGCCGGAAGGUGGCUGGGGACGACCCCACCCCUUCCGGCGCCUCAACCGGUCUGACGCUCGUCAUUUGUCGAAAAGACCGGAGGAGGCGGGGCCGCCGGGGAAUUCGAACGCCGGGAGGGACCAGCUCUGUGGAAGAGGAGUUGGGUUGGGGGUGGGGCCGGCGACGGCGGCGGAGCAGAAGCCUUAGAGAUGGCCGUAGCGGCUGCUGCUGCAGGUGCUACACGUAGCCAGCUGAGCAAAGGCAGAACCAGUCGGCGACCUGCCAUAGCACGAGUACGUGUGGCUGUGAGGCUUCGGCCCUUUGUGGAAGAGGCCAACAAUACCAGUGAGAGCUCCUGUGUACGAGGCCUGGACAGCUGCUCCUUGGAGAUUGCCAAUGGGAGAAAUAGUCAGGAGACACUCAAAUACCAGUUUGAUGCCUUUUAUGGGGAAACAAGCACCCAGCAGGACAUCUACGUUGGCUUUGUCCAUCCGAUCCUGCGCCACUUGAUGAACGGACAGAAUGCCAGUGUGCUUGCCUAUGGUCCAACAGGCGCAGGGAAGACAUACACAAUGCUAGGCAGCCCAGAGCAGCCUGGCAUUAUCCCUCGGGCCCUCAAAGAUCUCUUACAGCUUACCCGGGAGGAGGGUGCUGAAGGGCGACCCUGGGCCUUUGCUGUCUCCAUGUCCUAUUUGGAAAUCUACCAAGAGAAGGUGUUGGACCUGCUUGCCCCAGCCUCAGGGGACCUAGUGAUCAGAGAAGAUCGGUGGGGGAACAUCCUGAUCCCUGGGCUCACCCAAAAACCCAUUGCUUCCUUCACUGACUUUGAGCAACACUUCCUGCCAGCCAGCAGAAACCGGACUGUGGGAGCCACCCGGCUUAACCAGCGCUCCUCUCGAAGCCAUGCUGUGCUCUUGGUCAAAGUGGAACAGCGGGAACGCAUUGCCCCAUUCCAGCAGCGGGAGGGGAAGCUCUAUCUCAUUGACCUGGCUGGUUCAGAGGACAAUCGGCGUACAGGCAACCAGGGCUUGCGACUGAAGGAGAGUGGAGCCAUCAAUGCCUCCCUUUUUGUGCUGGGCAAGGUGGUAGAUGCAUUGAACCAGGGCCUGCCUCGUGUUCCCUACAGGGACAGCAAGCUUACUCGACUGCUGCAGGACUCCCUCGGAGGUUCAGCUCACAGUGUGCUCAUUGCUAAUAUUGCUCCAGAAAGGCGCUUCUACCUAGAUACAGUCACAUCACUCAACUUUGCCUCCAGGUCCAAAGAAGUGAUUAACCGGCCAUUCACCCAUAAGAGCGUUCAGCCUCCUGUGAAGUCAGCCCAAAAGGAAUCAAUGGACCCUCCAGAAGCAAAGAGGGCCAGAAGCCAAGAAGAAUUGGAGGAUGGGACAGGUAGCCCAGAGCCCCCACCUAGCUGUCCCAAACACAGCCCCCUGAAGCAACUGAAUACUCUAGAACCAGCUGUGCAAGAGCGCCUGCUAAACCUGGACCGAAUUCUAGACUCCCGGGGGAGCCAAGGGACUUCAAUCUUAAGCACACCACGAAGAGAGCGAACAGCCCUAGAAAAGGCUUUGAAAGAGAAGGACUCAGAGAUUCAGAGGCUGAAGGAAAAGUAUAAAGAGCUGGAGGCCAACAGACUGAAUCAAAGGCCCAAGGAAUUGGAGGAAGAAGAGAAUGGCCCCCUGGCCCCACCUUGCCCCUUUCCCUCCCAGAAAGUCCCCAUGACCAAACCCCUGAAUAGGGUUGUACCCUUUCAGCAAAUUCAGGAACAGACAACAUCCCAAAGCAAGACCCAUGUCCUGCAGAAAGAAAGCCAGAAGAGGAAGCUGCAGCAGGAGGAGCAGGCUGAGGGGCUCCGCACCACCUUGGCGCUGCUGCAGGUGCCCCCAGACCUCCUGGCGGAGAGCCGCAGGAGGAUCCUGGACCUGCUGAACACGGGCUCGGCCAAGGAGCUUCGGAGGCUGCAGCGCAUUGGAGAGAAGAAAGCCCAGCUCAUCGUGGGCUGGCGGGAGCUGCACGGCCCCUUUGCGGAGGUGGAGGACCUGGGGCGGGUGGAAGGUAUCUCCGAGAAGCAGGUGGCCACUUUUCUGAAGGCCAACAUCCUGAGCUUCGUCGCGGAGUGCUUCAGUGCCUUGCCUCGGCAGGACGCCUGAGCGCUGCAGCCGCCGGCUGCUUCUUGGCCCGAGGAGCCCCUGCACUCUGUCCGUGUUUUAGGGGAGGGGGAGGGAGGGUUUUGUAAAUAGAGUAUUUUAUCCAGUCG